CAUGUGUUCAAGGAUCCUCGAGUCUGCUGCAGUUACCGGUAACCGGAGCAUGAAACCAUGAUAUUGAGUUGCCUGGAGCCUCUCCAACAUUCCCACCAUUGUUAUCUCUUCUUCUUGAUGCUAUCUAUAGGACAAGGCUGAGAGGCUGUCUGGCCAGCAGGCUCGUAUUUUUGAAGAUAUUAGGCUGCCAUGACCGUCGAUUCAAAAAAACCAAAUUUUGGUUGGAGACGCUGUUCCUCGGAUUUUGGCUGUAAAGGAGGGACUUGCUGGGUUGCUUUUUGUCUCACAAUCCAUUGGCAUCCACUGUAAUCAACUGUUUAUCAUGACCUACGACUUCAAGACAAAAGAUGGCGGUAUAUUCUCCGCCUCUUGUCGCAGACCAAAUCGUUCGUCACUGCGUCCAAUCAAUGACAUGGAAGCAUACAAGACGAGGAUUGCAAAAUGCAUUGCUCAUGCAAUUCGCAAGGAAAGUGAUGAGGUUCUUAUCUGGUACUUUCAGAACAGCACAUUCCUUGCCCCAGAGCAAGCCAUGGAGCUACACGACUUCCUUUGUGGACAAGACAACGUUGAAACAACUUAUGUUGCGAUGGAUAGGCUCAGCAUUGUGAUCAAGACUUGCCACGGGGUGAAGCUUACUCUUGUACUUGUCUGCAAGUUUUCUCGAUUCUACGUUGAGCGUCCUCCUAAAAAUGCUGGAAUGAGUGCUGUGAUCACUGAAUUGGAAACACUUCCCUCUUUCCGGAAAGAGGCACCACACAAUACUGUCGCUGACACCCCCUCUGUUGUGGAUCUAUUGUCACCAAGCAGCAUCGCAAACUCCGAAUUCACUCUAGAAACAAUGGAUUGAAUGAGUGGAUAUUCAAUUGCCACUGGAGAGCUCUAUCAUUGUGUUUGCUGGUUGCAACCGUAUCUCAAACCACUAUAAAUGGCGUUAUUUUACAGCAUCAGGUGUGAGAUACAGCCGCAAUGAGCAAAGUGCAGG